CCUGACAGACGUCAAUUAUAGCGCAAGCUUGCGCUGAGAGAAAAGAGGAGGUUCUUAAAGAGAGUUUUAUUUAUGUUUCCAGUAGAAAAAUUAUUACAGCGAUAUUUCACAGGGACCUAAUUUAUUGUAUUUGUCUUCUCAUGCAAGGAAACUGGAUAAGAUUACAGUAGGAAAUCAAAAACUAAAGCGAAGGAGAGGAGGAUGAAGCGGCGCAAUGCGGACUGCAGCAAACUCCGACGGCCGUUAAAACGGAACCGAAUCACCGAGGGCAUAUACGGCAGUACCUUCCUGUACCUGAAGUUCCUUGUGGUGUGGGCUCUGGUGCUGUUGGCAGACUUUGUGCUCGAGUUCAGAUUUGAGUACCUGUGGCCUUUCUGGCUCUUCAUCAGAAGUGUGUACGACUCCUUCAGAUACCAGGGGCUGGCAUUCUCAGUGUUCUUUGUGUGUGUGGCGUUUACCUCUGACACCAUAUGCCUGCUCUUCAUCCCAGUACAAUGGCUGUUCUUCGCUGCCAGUACCUAUGUGUGGGUGCAGUAUGUGUGGCACACAGAGAGGGGGGUCUGUCUCCCCACAGUGUCCCUUUGGAUACUCUUUGUGUACAUAGAGGCAGCCAUCAGAUUCAAAGACCUGAAGAACUUCCAUGUCGACUUGUGUCGCCCAUUCGCUUCACAUUGCAUUGGCUACCCAGUGGUGACGCUGGGCUUUGGAUUCAACAGCUACGUCAGCUAUAAGAUGCGCUUAAGAAGGCAGGAGGUGGUGCAGAAGGAGAACGAGUUCUACAUGCAGCUCCUGCUGCAGGCCCUGCCACCAGAGCAACAGAUGCUCCAGAGACAGGAAAGGGAGGCAGAGGAAGCUGCAUUAGCUAAAGGGAUAUCUGAGAUGGACUCCAUCCCAAUCUCACAGAAUGGCGCCCCCGCCAGUAAAAAAAUGGCAGCUAUGCUGUCGGAGCUGGAGUACAGAGAUAAAGGGAAAGAGGGCCGCGAGGCCAAAAAGCAACACAACAGCAUCCAGCAGUCAUCGGUAGACUCUAAACUCCAGGAGAUGGAGUACAUGGAGAACCAUAUGAACAACAAGAGACUCACCACAGAGCUGGUGGGCAGCACAGAGAACCUGCUGCUGAAGGAGGAGAACUCCUCAUCCUCGAAAAACUACAAGAACUCCAGCAGAAACGCGGCAGUCAACUCCUUGCCCUGCAGACACUGCGCCACCAACGGCAGCGUCCCAUCAGCCCCUUCCUCCUUUUCCUGGGGGAAGAAGCAGAAGUGUGCAGCGGGGAAGGGUCCAGCAGUAGGCUCUCACAGGGAUCCAACAGACAACUGCAUCCCUAACAAUCAGCUAAGCAAUCCUGAGGCGCUUGUACGGCUGGAGCAGGAUGUGAAGAAGCUGAAGGCAGACCUUCAGGCCAGCAGACAGGUGGAGCAGGACCUGCGCAGUCAGAUCGGCUCCCUUGGCAGCGCUGAGCGCUCCAUCCGCUCUGAACUGGGCCAGCUGCGCCAGGAGAACGAGCUGCUGCAGAACAAACUCCAUAACACCAUCCAGGCCAAGCAGAAGGACAAGCAGACCAUGGGCCAGCUGGAAAAGAGGCUGAAAGUUGAGCAGGAGGCCCACGCCAACGCAGAGAAACAACUUGCAGAUGAGAAGAAACGCAAGAAGCUGGAGGAUGCCACCGCAGCCAGAACCGUCGCACUAGCAGCCACAUCCAGGGGGGAGUGCACAGAUACAAUGAGGAGGCGGGUCACGGAGCUGGAGACUGAGUGUAAGAAACUAACCAUGGACAUCAAGCUCAAAGAAGACCAGCUCAGAGAGCUGGAGAUGACCGUGCAGGAGCUCCAGAAGUACAAGGAGAAUGAGAAGGACACAGAAGUGCUGAUGUCAGCGCUGUCGGCCAUGCAGGAAAAGACCCAGCACCUGGAGAACAGCCUGUCUGCAGAGACCCGCAUCAAACUGGACCUGUUCUCAGCACUGGGUGAUGCCAAGAGACAGCUGGAGAUCACACAAGGUCAGAUCCCGCAGAAGGACCAGGAGAUCAAGGACCUGAAGCAGAAAAUAGCUGAGGUGAUGGCUGUCAUGCCCAGCAUCUCCUACACAUCUGACAGCAGCAACAUGACUCCCAUGACCCCCCACUACUCCUCCAAAUUCAUGGACACAAGUCCCUCUGGCUUGGACCCAAAUGCCUCCAUCUACCAGCCACUCAAAAAGUGAAAGCUUCCUCCAACCCGUCAUUCUCUUCUUUUUUUAAGCCGACCUCCAGAUCUGCUUGGAAGGGGUCUGGGACUUGUUUUUCCUUGUCAGAUCCGAAGGAUGUUGUAUUGUUACUAUUUAUUGUAGAAGACUAAGGGACAUCACAUGUAAACCAGUUUUUUCUUUUGGUAAAUGUCUAGUGAAACCUUACAGAAUUGGGCUUAUGUAGGAUGUUUCAGUUCCCCCUUCUACUCCACCUGUUACUUGGUCUCUCUCUGGUCUUGGUUAAUUCUGGUGUUGGUUUUAUUAAUUUAAAAUCUGUGAUGUGGAUCUCUGCUAGCAGGAGUGCUCACCCUUAUUUCCAUGUUGGAAGUUCUGAUUGCUGAGAGCGGAUACCCUUUUGUUUAUAUGGUAGGACUCUAGCCCUGUUUUGUCAAUGGUAUUUUUCAGUCGUGAAUAUCAGACCAAAUUGAACGUUCCAUUGGCUGUUCUUGGGGUUUUGUGGUAUUGGUUCUAUUAUGUUUGAAAGUGGAUUGUGUGGUCUCCUAUUUACUUGUUGAUCUUACCACAAAGUUGAAUUUUAAAAAAUCACUGGGAUGAGAAUAGAGCUGUACCAAGAUGUUAUGUUAGAAUAACAAGGGAUAAACUACUGUCAACGUAAACCAUCCUCAACAACUCCAAAUGUUGAGUAUCAUCUACAAAAUUACAUUUAUUUCCCAAAAAGCACCCUAAUUUCUACAAUACUUUCCAAAAGUGUUAAGCAAAGGCUGUAUUAAGAGAAGUUAAUGAUAUGCCUUCUCUUUAAGCUCAGAAUAGUCUCGCAAAUUGUCAUGAUCACAGGGGCUUGAUUCAGGACCGCAGUGGUGGGAGUUAGAUGCCUGCUAUGCUAGAAAGGACUGAAGUACAGGGCUUUUCAACCACAUACAAUUAUAACCUGGACCCUAACCAUAGGUUCAGAAAAGAUAGCCCAUCUACUUUCAACAGUUCUGACAAUAUGGCCACUCAUGGUCUAAUAUGGUAACGUUACUACAAAGUCUACUCCAAACAGGCUCCCAGCAUGGGAGUCUACUGCAUCCAACUAUAACACAUCUCUCUACUGGAAACUCCUGUUUAACUAUUGUCCCUACUUAUGUUUUUAUUGUUUUGACUUAAUUGCACGGUUAAAAUUCCACCGUUGAUGGAUUUUGUGUGUCUCUCUGACCUGUGUGUGUAAGUUAUACAAGAAAUAAGGCUCUGGAAAUUAAUGUUAAUUUUUUUCACAGAAUUCUGCAUGAUAAAUCUCCUUUUAUUGCUGAAUACUUAACUUCAGCCCAUUUGCCAAGAAAGGAUUGAUUGCAGUAUAUUCCUAGAAAACAAAGACAUUGGUUGACGUGUUUGACAUUCAUUCUCCUCUGACUUGUCUAAAACAGGUGGGAAAACUGCUCACCUGUUUGUAGUAGACUGUUUACGUAGUUGAACGCUUUGUAAAUGUUACAGUAUUGGCUACUGCCUAGGACAUAGGUGUUAAGAACAGUCAACAAUUUGUUUGGUAUUGUUUUUUUACAUUUUAUUUAACCUUCAUCAUUCCCAUCAUUUUCAUUCCCUGCAUGGAAGAAUAGCUUGAGCCUGAUGUGGUUUGCUGUUAUCUGAAAUGGUCAUUUGUGUGGUUAUAACCUACUGUAUAUGGAAACUUUUUCUACAGGUUAGUUUAGUCAAUUGGUCCUUCAACUGAUGUUGAAAGUAUAAAAACAUGUAUUUAUUUUUAAUUAUGCCCAGUCAUUGCUCUGUUUCUCCCCAAGUCUGACCUCGGCUAGGCUCGAACACUGAGGUUUACAAGGAAUAAAUUAUUUUCAUGCAGAUGUUCAGUCGGGAGUUCCUUUCCUUGUCCUUUAUGACAUAAUACUUAAACAUCAUCAGGCAGUAGAGUUGAGUCAGAAAGAGCAAUUAUAUGUCACGGUCAUCUCACUCCCACUAGGAGGCAGUGUCCAUCUCUUCAGUUCUACAAAGCCUCUGGUCCUCAGCUUUUUUGUUGUUGUGGGGGUUCACUCAAAUUAAAUCCAAUCACAGCUAAUAAACUAGCUGCCGCUGUUCAGCCAAGCCUGGGACACAUAAGAUGGUAAAUGGCAGAGGUCGCAGGGCUAAUAUAUUGAUUACCUUAAUCCCCAGACCAGUCUGAGCACUUAAACCCACUGCCCUGUUUUCUUCUAUCACUGAACCCUCUGUAUUCUCUAUCCACAUCUUUGGCUGUCUGAGCGCCACAGUGAAAUAAUCACUAGAGCCUUUUAGAAAUAGAAUGACCUCUCGGCCAACGAUUUCUAAAUAACGGAACUGUAAAUGGAAACAAUAGGGGCUGCCUGUUUGUUCACUUAGAUUUUUGUAUUUCAGGUUCUUCAAGAUGUUGCUCUCAAUUGAACCCUUUUAAGAUGAAGUAUGGCUUUGACAAAGAAUUCCCUCAAAUGCUUUGUAUCCAAAUACGCUGACAAACACAUGGAUCCGGUUUUGGAGAUUGUUGCACUCACUCAGCUGAGUUGCAUGGGCAUUCCACACUGCAAGGCGUAGAGGCCCCCCAAACCACACAUAUUUGGCAAUUUCACAUAGAGGCGCCCUAUCAGGCAUAAAUCUGCAGAAAAAUAAUUCAUUGCAUACAUUUAAUCCUGAGUGCUUUGUUCCAAAUUAACGUCUCAAUUUGGCACAUCGACCAUUCAGAUUUGACAGAUUAAAAUGGGUCUUUUCAAGCCAUCUGAAUCUGGCAAAGUAUACAUUAAACAAAUCAUGAAGCCAUUAUGCAAUGCAAAUUUAGCUCAGCAUUUUGAUUUAUUUCUAUUGUCUGCUAUUAAAUAGAUAUAUACUGUGCUGUCAAUGGGGAUGUAAUAUAGGAGGCCAUUGGUGUGAAUUACGUGGGGGACAAUCAGUACUCCUGUGGAUAGAAACUCGCUCACCACAACUGAUUUUUAAGACUGGCCAAGAUUGAUAUUAUCAGACUGUCAAACAAACAUGAUGUGCAUGAAUUAUAGUUAGGUAGUACAUUCAUUAUACAUGAAUAAUUAUUUCACACAUGUUCCCCCUGCCAGCAGAGCAAGAGUUGGCUGCAUUUUCUUAUCAAAUAUGUGCCUUCAGCGGCUGCCUACGUCAAGUCAAAUGUUAUUGGUCGCAUACACAUAUUUAGCAGAUGUUAUUGCCGCUGUAGAGAAAUGCUUGUAUUUCUAGCUCCAACAGUGCAGUAAUAUCUAACAAUGCACACAUCUAAAAUUGACCUACUCACUUGAACUGGUCUUGGAUCACUUUCUUUC